AUAAAAGCAGACGGCGGUAGAAAAAACGGAUAAAACGACUUGGACUUGACUGUAGCAGAGGCAAGUGAGAGAUGAAUCUCUAUGUAAAAUUCGCAGAAAGAUUGCAUCCUUCCUUUGCGAUUACACCCUCUCUCAGAGGUGCUCUUUAGAAAAAUAGGCUGCCCAAGUUGGGAUUUUUUUGGUCUUUUGACCGAAAGAAGGGAUUCGGAGGGAUUUCUUAUAGGCAAAUGGCGUGGAAUUUGAAGAGCUGCGAUUCAGGUGUCGAGAUUAAGGCAGGGGCUGUUCUUCCUGCGACAGAAAUUCACGUCGAAGAAGCAAUUACUGCAGUCAAAGCUGGGAAAGUUAUUGCGGUGCCAACGGAUACCCUCUAUGGAUUCGCUUGUGAUGCCUGCUCUACAGAAGCAGUUCAUAGAAUUUACGAGAUCAAGGGACGUAAACAGACGAGCCCUCUGGCAAUUUGUGUUGCCGAUGUAUCGGACAUAAAGCGUUUUGCUUUAACAGAUGGUUUGCCUCAUGGUUUACUUGAUAAUCUCCUUCCAGGACCUGUCACUGUUGUGCUGAAGCGAGGAGAGUCAAGCAUCCUCGAGAAGUCUCUUAACCCAGGUUUGGAUAGCAUAGGUGUCCGAGUGCCUGACUCCAACUUUAUAAGAAUAAUUGCACGUGGCUCUGGAAGUGCAUUGGCCCUUACAAGUGCCAACCUAAGCGGGCAACCUAGCAGCGUCAGUGUCAAGGAUUUUGAGAACCUUUGGCUGCAUUGUGCAUAUGUUUACGAUGGCGGGUUGCUUCCUUCGGGGCGUGCUGGAUCAACAGUUGUAGACCUCACAGAGCAAGGAAAAUACAAGAUCCUUAGACCUGGAAGUGCAUUAGAAGAAACCACAUCCAUCCUUGAGAGAUUCAACUUAGCAAAAGCUCCUUGAGAUAUGGGGUGUAUUGCCUUUUUGGUUGGGCAGCAAAGAAGAAAAGAAAAAGAAUUGUGUUGCGCCAGAUAGGACCGAACCGACUUAAAGCUUCUGCUUUCUACUUUGGAAACAUCCACUCUAUCCUCCCAAGUUACAGGUGAUUCUUUUCAAAAACAAUUUCACUGCAAAAUACCAGUUGUUCGGUUUUCACUGGUUACAAAUUUCAUUAUUUUGUGAUAUAAAUGGUGUUUCUAAAGAAAUGCAAAUUCCUUUGCUAGUAAAAAUAUUCAUAUUAUCUAUUGUAAUGCCACUCCUAAGAUUGAGUUUGGAUGCACAAGUGAAUCAGAUUGCAACAUUUCAGACUA